GACACGUUUGGAAACAAAAUCGAAUGCCUACUGCUACAAGGUACAAAACCGCAACAUUGCCCGGAACUGAAACCAAAGUGCAAUGAGCUAGGCUGCUGGAUUCAUUGGUCCUUGAGAUUUCUCUUUAGGGUUCGAUUUUGUUGCAGAGAUUUGUCUAAUCGAAGAUGUUUGGCUUCUCCAAGAAAAGUAUGAAGCUUGGCAGGGUGAAGAAGGUACAUUUAUCAGAUUCUAUCUCUACACCAGGAGCUAGAAACCCCAUUAGACCCCCAAAAAGAGCUCACAAUUCCUCUGUUCAUUGUGAUGAUCAGCUUGACUGUGAAUGCCAAAAGUCGGCUCACCCAGCUGCUGAUAUUGGCAGCUCAACUUCAGGGAACUCCAACAAUUGGAUGGUUCUGUCUAUUGCUGGAGACAAACCAGCUCCUAGGUUCAAUCAUGCAGCAACUGUAAUUGGCAACAAGAUGGUAGUGGUUGGUGGUGAAUCCGGAAGUGGUUUGUUGGAUGAUGUCCAGGUGCUAAAAUUUGACCAGUUUACAUGGACCACCAUUCCAUCCAAGCUUUACCAUUCACCAAGCAGCCUGCCAUUGAAGAUUCCUGCAUGCAAAGGCCACUGUUUGGUUUCUUGGGGGGAAAAGGUACUUCUAAUUGGAGGAAAAACUGAUUCUCCAAGUGAGAGAAUUUCAGUGUGGGCAUUUGAUACAGAAAGAGAAUGUUGGUCAGUAAUGGAAGCCAGAGGCGACAUACCGAUUGCUCGCAGUGGUCACACUGUGGUCAGGUCGGGCUCCAUACUAAUCCUAUUCGGUGGUGAAGAUGCCAAGAAAAGAAAACUGAAUGAUCUACACAUGUUUGAUCUCAAGUCUCUUCUAUGGGUUCCCUUUUGCUCCACCGGAGCUAGACCUUCCGCUAGAUCGAACCAUGUAGCUGCUCUUUGCGAUCGUAAGACCCUUCUCAUCUUCGGAGGGGCAUCAAAGUCGCGGACCUUGAACGAUUUGUAUUCUCUCGACUUCGGAUCGAUGGUGUGGUCGAUGAUAAAUAUUAGGGGUUUCCAUCCAUCGCCUAGAGCUGGUUGCUGUGGAGUUCUAUGUGGAACCAAGUGGUACAUAGCCGGUGGAGGGAACGGGAAAAAAAGACACUCAGAGACCUUGAUUUUUGAUGUUUCGAAAGUAGAGUGGUCUGUUGCCUUUGCAUCGCCAUCUUCUUCUAUCACAACCAAGAAGGCAAGAAGUCAAGGAUUCAGCCUAGUGCUUAUGCAACAUAAAGAGAAGGAUUUCCUAGUUGCAUUUGGAGGAUCCAGAAAGGAGCCUUCAAAUCAGGUUGAAGUAAUGGAAUUAGACAAGCAUGAAUCGUCGAUGUCUCGGAGGUCUGGUAAGGGUCCUCUUGGGGUCUCUCAGCGUUCAGUUGAUUCCGUUGCUAGACAGAACUUGGCAUCUGCAGCCGAGCAUGGUUCUGGUAGAAAUUCUGUGUCAGAGUCCUCGAUCAUGGAUUCAGGUUGUGCCUCUGGAAAUGUCUCCCACACAAAGAAAUUUCAUGAGGAAGAACACAACAGAGUUUUCGAGAUGGUUAAGAGAUCAGAGGAAGGAAAUGUGUCGUCUCCAGGGAAUGAGCAGCAAAUGAAUCAAUCCAACACACCCAUUCAACCUUAUUAUAACCAGUUGGGCAAAAUCAUCAGUGAGGAUAAAUCUUGUGUCUAUGGUAGUUCAUCAGACCUUAUAGUUGACAACGAGGGAGUGGUAAUUCCAGAGACUGCAGAUUUCCCCUCCCGAGGGCCACACUCUAGUGUCUAUCAACUAUAUGAAUCCAAAAUAUCAGCUCUGAUAAAGAAGAAUGGGGUGCUAGAAGGACAACUCGCGGCAGCAUUGGAUUGCCGAGAGGUGGCUGAGAAAAGUUUCUCUGCUGUCGUGAAGAGCAAGCAAGAUGUAGAGCAGAAGUUGGUGGAUGCUUCAAGGGAAGUGGAGUUGCUGAAGGAGAAGAUGGCUGGUUUGGAGAUGGCCCAUGAAGAGGCCAACAGCAUGUCGAACAUCAUCCAUUCGGACAACUUGAGGCUCGAGCAUGAUGUGGCUUUCAUCAAGGCCAUUUUCGAGGAUACCCAGAAGGAGCUGCAUUCGACUAGGGGAGUGCUAGCCGCAGAAAAGGCAAGAGCGUUUCAGCUUCAGGUUGAGGUGUUUCAUCUCAAGCAAAGAUUGCAGUCUUUGGAGAACCGAGCUCCGAAAUCCGAAUCCUAGGAAACCAUCCCAUGUGUAGAAGGCCCAAAGGAUAUGGUAGACAGUAGAAUUUUGCAGCAGACCAGUACCUUCUGGUAUCGUGAUUCUGUAUAUAGGGGGUACCACAACCCUAAAUCACGCUUCUGUUUCUAUAUCCAAUUAUACUUGAAAUUAGGUUAGAAUGGCAACCAAACAUGCAACUAAUGCAGAAGUAGAUCUUUCAUUCCAGUGCUUGGUUUUAUCCAGUCACUCACCAAUUCGGCUGUAUAAUGUCAAAAUUAUGCAAACUUUAUAAGCAAUCUUGAGCUCAUUCAUUGAACAAAUGAUUGAGAUCUAAAUUGUCAUU